AUGGGAAGCGAGAAGGAACUCGAAGCGGCGACUUCGCCUCCGCUGACGACCACGGCGUCCUCGGAUCUCGACGAGAACUACGAUACCUAUCGGCGGUACAGGGGCUUGGUGUAUACGCCUGAGGAAGAGAAGGCUGUGCUCCGCAAGAUUGAUAUGCGGUUGAUUCCGUUAUUAUUUCUGAUCUACUUGCUGCAGUAUUUGGACAAGAACACCCUCAAUUUCGCGUCUGUAUACGGCUUGAAGCAGGGCACGGGUCUUGUGGGGCAAGACUACUCAUGGCUUGAGUCUGCUCCAGGCUCUAUAUUCUAUUUUGGCUACUUGAUCGCGCAGUACCCGGCCGGGCUGGCAAUCCAGAAACUGCCGGUCGGGAAAUUCCUCGCAUCGACGACGAUUGCGUGGGGUGGUAUUCUCAUGACUACGCCCGCAUGCUACAACUUCGCUGGCAUCGCAUCGAAUCGGUUUGUCCUGGGCAUGGUUGAGGCAGUCGUCAACCCCGGCUUUGUACUAAUGAUGGGCAUGUGGUAUACCGCAAGAGAACAGCCUCUGCGGCUAGAAGCAUGGUACUGCACCAACGGCAUUGCAACCAUGUUUGGAGGUCUGCUCGGAUACGCUAUUGGGCACAUCACAAGCGGACUACCCAGGUGGAUGUACGUCUUUAUCAUCUUCGGCGCCUGUUCCGUAGCCGUUGGUCUUUUUGCCUUGUGGCUCUUGCCCGAUCUCCCUUCGACAGCGACAUUCCUGGAUGACCGUGAAAGGGCCAUCGCAGUCGAGCGUGUGGCGGUCAACAGACAAGGUGUCAAGAACGAGAAGUUCAAAUGGGAGCAAGCGUGGCAAGCCGUCCGCGAUCCCAAGACCUGGCUCUUGUUCGUGAUGGCGAUCGGCGCGCAGGUGCCCAACUCGGCUCUUACUAGUUUCACGUCCAUUAUCGUGAAGUCGUUCGGGUUUGAUACGCUGGGCACCCAGUAUCUCCAAAUCCCCGGAGGCGCCGUCCAGUUCCUCACUAUUCUGUUCGGAGGAGUCUUCGCUACGAAAUACGACAGCAAGUUCCAUGCCCGGAGUGCUUGCAUGAUCUUCGCCAAUAUCACCUGCAUCGUCGGAGCAGGCCUGCUGGUCGGGCUGCCCGAUUCGAAUAAAUGGGGUCGUCUCGUCGCGCUUUGGCUCUGCUUUUUCCAGGGGCUCGGGUUCAGUAUGGCCCUGACGACUCUCAGCUCCAACAUCGCUGGGUACACGAAGAAGCAGGUAACUAGUGCGCUCUUGUUUACUGGCUACUGUGUGGGGAAUAUUAUUGGACCGCAGACCUUCAAGUCGAGCGAGGCGCCUGGGUAUCACAGUGCAUACAUCGCAAUGCUCGUUGGCUAUGUUGUCAAGCUACUUUGCAUUGUCAGCCUGUACUUGUACAUGUACCUCGAGAAUAAACGCCGAGACAAACAGGCACUAGAAGAGGGAGUUUCCGAGGAGGAUGCUGUGGAAAAUGGCAUGCUGGAUCAAACUGAGAUCGAAAACAAGGGUUUCAGAUAUGUAUUAUAG